CCAACACAGCCGGUCCCCGUCACAGCCUGUCCCAUGCGGUCAAGAUAUUUCCUGCUUCCUGCCCUCUUCACAGAUCUACCAGUUUACAGAUAGCUGCAACGUGUAGAAAAAGCGAGGCCUCAUUCGCUGCAGAUCUGCAAGCAGACAUGAGCACAGGGAACUAAACUUUGGCCUGGAAGACUUCCCACUUUUCAUGUGAAUGAGUAAGUGAAACUAUUUCAUAGUGGCCGUCUGUUUUUUUCCGAGGGGUAAAUGGCGCAGCAGCAAAACCUGAUGGAUCCGAAAAAACUUUGUUGCUCGGUUUGUUUGGAUCUUCUGAAGGAUCCGGUGACUAUUCCCUGUGGGCACAGCUACUGCAUGAACUGUAUCAAGAGCCACUGGGAUGAAGAGGAGCAGAAGAAUGUUUACAGCUGCCCUCAGUGCCGGAAGAGCGUCUCGCCGAGGCCUGUCCUGGUGAAAAACACCAUGUUGGCAGAUUUAGUGGAGGAAAUGAAGAAGACUGGACUUCAAGCUGUUUCCACUGAUGACUGCUAUGCUGGAUCUGAAGACGUGGCCUGUGAUUUCUGCACCGAGAGAAAACUGAAGGCUCUAAAGUCCUGUCUACAGUGUCUGGUUUCUUAUUGUGAGCAACACCUCCAGCCUCACUAUGAGUCCCCGGCCUUUGACAAACACAAGCUGGUCGACCCCUCCAAGAAGCUGCAGGAGAACAUCUGUACUCUUCAUGGUGAAGUUAAGAAGAUUUUCUGCCGCAGUGAUCAUCAGUGUAUCUGUAUUCUCUGCUCUAUGACCGAACAUAAAGAUCACAACACAGUCUUAGCCCUAACAGAGCGGACUGAGAGGCAGGGAGAACUGGGAACAAAUCGGCAAAGGAUCCAGCAGAGAAUCCAGGGCAGAGAGAAAGAUGUGAACGUGCUUCAGGAGAGACUGGAGGCACUCAACCUCUCUGCUGAUACAGCUGUGAAGUACAGCGACAAGCUCUUCACUCAGUUGGUGCGACUUGUGAAGAAUAGAAGCUCUGAGGUGAGGCAGGAGAUCAGAGCUCGGCAGAAAGCUGAAGUGAGUUUGGCCAAAGAGCUGAAGGAGAAGCUUGACGCGGAGCUCAUGGAACUGAGGCGGAAAGACGCCGAACUGGAGCGGCUCACACACACAGAGGAUCACACCCGCUUUCUACAGAAUUACCCUUCACUGUCAUGUCUCAGUAAAUCUACAGACUCGUCCAGCAUCAACAUCUGCCCUCUGCAGUACUUUGAGGAUGCGAUGACCGUCGUGUCAGAGGUCAGAGAUAAACUACAGGGCGUUCUGAGCAACUCAUUGACCAAGAUCUCACAGGCAGCGAGACCGCCAGUGGAUGGUUUGCUGCCACAACCAGAGCCGAAAAGCAGAGCUGAGUUAUUACAGUUCUCUUGCGAAACCACACUGGAUCCAGACACAGCAAACACACAGCUGUUAGUGUCUGAAGGAGACAGAAAAGCAACAGUAACCAGUGAGAAACAGGCGUAUUCCAGUCAUCCCGACAGAUUUACUGACAUGUUUCAGGCGGUGAGCAGAGAGAGUCUGAGCGGACGCCACUACUGGGAGGUGGAGAGAAGCAGGUUUGAGGUUUCGGUCGCAGUGACGUACAAGGACAUCAGCAGAACGGGAUAUGAAAGUGGAUUUGGAAAUGAUGACAAGUCAUGGGCGCUAGAGUGUUUCAAUAACAGUUAUCAAUUCAGACACAACAGCACCAGCACCUUUAUCUCAGGCCCUCAGUCUUCCAGAGUAGGAGUGUACCUGGAUCACAGUGCAGGUGUUCUGUGCUUCUACAACGUCUCUGAAAACAUGACUCUGCUCCACAGGGUCCAGACCACGUUCACUCAGCCGCUCCAUCAGGGACUUGGGGUUUUUGCUACAGACAGUAAAGGAUCUGCUGCUGAGCUCUGUAAGAUGGGGUGAAUAGACAUGAAGAAGCAGUCAGUGAGGCAGUGAGCCUGGAGAAGCUUUACAAACAUUCAGGUUGCUAAUUGUGAUUUGGUACAUUGAAUUAAAUUUGCAUUCGAUUUAAGAACAGGUAUUUCUUUUUGAUACGAUAUAGCAUCAUUUUCUUCGCUCUUUCUCUAUAAUUUUUGCAAAUGAAAUGUGGCAUACGUUAUGCUUGAUUCCAGUAUAUUAUGAAGGAAAAAAACAUGCAUUUGAUCUAUUCCAAUUUAUAACUCAUGUAGAAGUACAGACACACGUGUUAAAAAAAUGGACUCUGGUGAAGUUAGAGGUGCUGAUGCUUCAUGCGUGCUGAAGUAAAAGUGGGAAAAGCACAGGUUGUUUACAUCUGAUUUAAAUGAUUUGAAUCUGUAAGAGUAUUUUUCCAAUUUCAUUUGAAUAUUUGCACUUUAGUGUUUAAUGAAGGUACAUGUCUGUGGUUGUGUUUUAAAGUAAGGAUUAUUGUGUACAUUUCUCUAUCAAAUCUUUUUUCAAAUAAACUUCAUAUUAAUCUCCCUUCA